GAGCCUGCAGCGACCACGCCCCCGGGCCCUGCUCGGUGGGGACUAUGAAACCAAGCGGAGAACUGCACUGCUCCGGUGGUCAGCGGGCGGUUCUGGGCUUGAAACCCCGGUGCGGCCUGCGCUGCGGUCCUGCUGGGGAGCAUUCGAACCUGCUUCGGAAACAUUAGGAGGACGUGAUUUCCAAAGCCAAUUAUGAAAACAUUUGUCGUUGGAAUCAGUGGGGUGACAAAUGGUGGGAAAACAACACUGGCAAAGAACUUGCAGAAACACCUUCCCAACUGCAGCAUAAUAUCUCAGGAUGACUUCUUCAAGCCAGAGUCUGAGAUAGACAUAGAUGAAAAUGGAUUUUUGCAGUAUGAUGUGCUUGAAGCACUUAACAUGGAAAAGAUGAUGUCAGCCGUUUCCUGUUGGAUGGAAAACGCAGGACACUCUGCCGGACCACCAGCCUUGGAAAGUGCUCGAGGGGUUCCCAUUCUAAUUAUCGAAGGGUUCCUUCUCUUUAAUUAUAAGCCGCUGGACACCAUAUGGAGCAGAAGCUACUUCCUGACCAUUCCAUAUGAAGAAUGUAAGAGGAGGAGGAGUACAAGAGUGUAUGAGCCUCCAGACCCUCCAGGGUACUUUGAUGGCCACGUGUGGCCCAUGUACCUAAAGCACAGACAAGAAAUGAAUGCCAUCACCUGGGAGAUUAUUUACCUAGAUGGAACAAGGUCUGAAGAGGACCUCUUUUCUCAAGUGUUUGAAGAUAUCAAGCAAGAGUUAGAGAAGCAAAAUGGUUUUAUCACUUUGCAUAAUCCUGCUCAGCAAAUUCUUCAUUAUAAGAAUAUACAGUCAUAAUCAUGACAAGGUCUGUGAGUAACACUGCAAAGAUGGAGCACUGCGAGUCUUCCUGGAUGGACUGGGAAACCUGAAGGGAUGUCUGAAGGACACUGAUGGGGCUGUGGUGUGUCUGCAGGGCAGCGACAGCUCUUCUGUACGUUUGUUCAUUUUUAUCAUGCUCUUCCCAGCACUCGGAGCAAUGUGUGCCCAUGCCGUUGGACAGGAACCUCUCACGAAUGCAGGAAUAGCUCGCCCGCACUCUGCAGGAGGCGCAGCACAGUUCAUGCACAGAGGGUCAGUUCCUGUCUAAGGAUGAAGGUCAGGUUUUCCUGACUAGGACCUAGCAUAAGAAAAACAUUGCUGCUGUCCAGGCCAACAAUGCGUAUUGUGCUGUGUGUUGUUUCUGCACUUGUGCGUUUGUAUAAUUGUGUGUCCAGGUUUGUAUGUAUGUUUGUGUAUGUGCAUACACACACACACACUCAAACUCUACAAAAUGAACGUUGUAUACUAUACAGCAUUUUUUUUUCAGUUUUCAUUUUGUUUGUAUUGAUUAUAAAUAUAAUUUGGAAACACUGCUGUCUGUAAUCUCACAGGAAUGCUCCCCAUGUGCAACCAGCAGCAUUCCGCACAGUAAUGACCUCACACUGAGCCAGCAGUUUACUACAGUGCGUAGAGACUGCUCGCAGCCGUAGAUUUUUCUUCUGCUCAUCGAAUACUGUGAGAUUUUUAUAUCCGUAGAAGGGUUUUCUGAAACCAGCACUCUGAAUUACAAAAUCACAGUUUCUUUUUUUGUUGUUGUUGUUGUUUUUGUUUUUUUUGUUUUGAGACAGGGUUCUCUGUGUAAUCUCAGCUGUCCUAGCCUCGCUUUGUAGUCCAGGCUGGCCUUGAACUCACAGAGAUCUGACUGUCUCUGCCUCUGCCUCCAGGAGUGCUGGGAUUACAAGCAUACGUCACUGUACCCAACUCCUAAUGUCUCUUUCAAUUCCGGAAUUAAAAUUAUGUAUACAUGUAAAACAGUCGUUAUUCAAAUAUGAAGUUUGUUUAUUAAUAAAACAGAUUGCCCUUGACCUUCUCAAUUCAUAUACUAGGCCCCCUACACACAUAUAUCCAGUGGGCAAGUUGGUCUUCUUGUGGGUCUCCUAGUAAGGGGUGCGGAAGCUGUUUCUGACAUGGACCCUGUUGCUUGCAUUUUGAUCACUUCCCCCUGGUGAAGCUGCCUUGCCAGGCUACCAUGGAAGAAGAUGUGCUCAGUCUUGAGGGAGCUUGAAGUGAGGGUAGGGGAGAAGAGGGAAGGAUAUAGGGACCAGGAGGAUAGGGAGGAUGAGGACUACAAUUGGGAUGUAAAGUGAACUACGAAAUAAAUAAAGUUAAAAGUUUUUUUUUAAUUAAAAAUAUAUUGUUAUAUUGCCUCA